GAAUAAAACAACCACCAAAAACAGCAUCGACUCGACUUUCGCAAACACAAUGCCGCAAAUCAGUGCCGCAACAUCCAAUCCCUUGUCAUUCGAAACCUUGUACUAGCUGUAGCUGACCUUCAUCUACGGAGUAUAUGCACUUUUUUAUCAACAUCAAUCAAUAUGGCGCGAAAUCGGUCAGUGGAGUGAGAAAAUUCAUUGUUUCAUUCGACAUCGGCAUUCACGGACUUAUGACCGUUAGCACUUUCUUUCCUUUAAUUGUUAAUUCAUUUCAUCAUGGGAAUCUUAUUUAUUUGUCGUCAUGUUCCCCAUUAUGUUCCACCUCUUUCCGAUCUCUUUACACACAUUUCCUUUUUGGCAUAAGAAUAUUCUUCUAGAAUAUUUCUUUCUUUUGUUCCGCAAUUUUGUUUUCAUCAGUACACAUAUCUACUGAACGCCCGCACUUGUUAUUUGCCUUUGCCUCUUCACUAUUCAAUAUACCCUGAUACCCUAGAUUAUUUCAGCCGUGUAUCUGUUGACGCACGACUUAUUUUUUACUGUCAUCGCAUUUUGAACUACUAGCACUGUACGAAAUCGAUACAGAUGCCUUCAUAUAUGCGAAACCUCACAUUAUAUAGCAGUCUUAUACUGCUUGGACUUUUACCUCUAAUAACCGCACACGGCGAUGGCGAACCAGAAAUGGAUAUGGGCAUGCAGAUGAGUUCAGUAGCUGCUACUAUAGCUACAGCUACGGAUUCAACUGUUGUAAACAACACCAAGGUAGCUGAAUCUAGUUAUUUUCAACAUCCUGAACUUGGAGGUCUCAUGGUAGCUCAUAUUAUACUCAUGACCAUAGGAUGGGUAUUCGUUCUCCCAUUAUGUGAGUAGCUCAAAAACAAUGAAUGCCUUCAAAGAUCUAAUAUAUUUCAGGUGUGAUGUUCUCAAUUGCUCGAUCUCGAUUAAGUCUCCCUACUCAAUUCGUAUUCGUAGCCUUCAAUGGCGGUGGUCUCUUCUGCAGUAUAAUAUACAAUGCCUCCACUCCGGACUUAUAUCCGAAUAAUAUACAUCAUAAAUUGGGGUGGUUUUUGAUAUGCUUAAUUGCUGCACAAGGGGUAAUUGGGGUGAUCCGUGCCUACGCAGGGCGCAAAGGGGAGAAACAGGAGAACUCCGGGUAUAUUCCGAUUUCGAGAGAAGCAAUGGCAGAGCAUACCCGUAUGCAUGAAAGGCCUAAACCUGUUACUAGAUUUUCGGAUGAUAGUGGACAAGGCACGGAACCAACUACUGAAUCUUUACGAAGUCAUUCAAUAUCUUUGUCUGGAGAUGACGAAAAUACUCUACAUGAAUCAGAAAAGGAUGAGCCGGAAAAAGUGGGUUUGAUAGAAGGUACCCGGGUGGAUCAAUACCUAUCAAAACGACUUCCAGGAUUCCUUUCCGCACGCAUUUUAAGCAUAAUUGGAUUUGCACACGACGUUGUGAAUCGAGUAAUACUUCUCUUUGGUUUUGCUAUUCUUACGUCUGGAUUUGUCACAUAUGGUGGUUUAUUCGUAAGUUUUGUCAGUACUAUGAAGAUAUCUCCCAUUACUAAACAUUAUCGCAGAAAGGUUCGGAGAUUUAUAGUGGUCUUGCGCACUUUAUCAAAGGAGGAGUUUUCUUCUGGUAUGGAAUUUUAACUCUCGGUAGAUGGGCAGGUUGUUUCGCUGAGAUUGGUUGGUCUUGGAAUAUCAAGCCUGAUAAUGAUCGGCGAUUCACUCCAACAGCUGAAUUCGUGGAGAGUUUUCUCAUUUUCUUUUAUGGAUCAACAAAUGUUUUCUUGGAACAUUUGGCUGCUUGGGGAAAUGCAUGGAGUGCACAAGAUCUUGAGCAUAUCUCGAUCACCAUUAUGUUUAUUGGUGGUGGAUUGGUGAGUCUUUUGCUCUUAUGAUUUUACAGCCACUUCUAACAUGCGCAGUGUGGUAUGUUCAUCGAAUCAAACAAAAUCCGCAACUUUUUAAAUACAGCGGCCCAACGAUCAUCAUAUUCGAUGUCUUCUUAUCACCCAGAAGCUCAGGAACCAAAAUCUUAUAGAUUUUCAAUGAACCCAAUACCUGCUUUGGUCGUCAUGCUAUUAGGAAUGAUGAUGAGUUCACAUCAUCAACAUUCAAUGAUCUCAACCAUGAUCCAUAAACAAUGGGGAACUUUACUUGUGGGCGCGGCAUUUGCACGUGCGGCAACUUAUGUCGUAUUUUAUCUUGCACCACCCACUUCGAUCCUUCCUGGUAGGCCACCCACCGAAAUCAUUACAGCUUUCUGUUUGAUGGCUGGAGGUUUGAUUUUUAUGGCUAGUGUAUGUUGCAUCUUAUAUCAUCUGAUGAAAUUAAGACUAACAGCGUUUUAGAGCAAAGAUACAGUCAAAGCAAUUGAAUUGAAUGAUCUUGAUGCGAUGUUUGUUUUUACAGUUUCCAUGGGUCUUAUUACAUUCUUAAUGGCUUGGAUCAUUCUUGUCAUUGCAAUUAAAGGAUGGGCAAUGAAAAGGGAACAGAGGUGGAUUAAGAGUGUUGAGUAUGAGGUUGAGUGUAAUGCAUAGAGAUACUAACGGUGGUAAUGGUUUGGGGAGGAAGAAAAGAGGAGAUGAAAGAGAGGAGGAAUGAAUAGAUACGUCAUGAUAUCACGAGUCGACGGGAACAAUAAUUUUUAUGAGGUGGGAACCAGAGAAGGGAGGCGUCAAGAUACCAUGGGUUGUUUAAACUUUCGGGCUUGAGUUUGAAUUUUGGAAUUAUGGAUGAAAGAAGUGGAUGAGGAACUGAUAGGAAGAAGAGUUGGAAAGAAUAACUUAUAAUUUAUAAUGGGACUGGAUAUUUUGAGAGAGUAUUGUAUUAUCACCUAGCAAGCAGUGUGAAUACAGAGUACAAAAUGUGAUGAUACACCCACCAACCA